AUGGCUCCCCGGGCAUAUCUUCAACACUCCGCGCCCGCUCGCGCUGCCGCCUCUGCUGCCGCCUCCGCUGCCGCUCGCACUGUGAACAGAGAGCGUAAAGCGAGUAAUUUCGCGGGUAAUGGUUCCCCCGGCAUAUCUUCAACUCUCCGCGCCUGCUGCCGCUGCCGCCUCCGCUGCCUCCUCCGCUGCCGCUCGCACUGUGAACAGAGAGCGUCAAGCGGGCGUGGUCUUCUCUCCCGGACGAAAAGGAGAGAUGGCCAGUUCAAGUUGGGGUAUUAUGGCCAUAUGGUCGUGAAGGCAGAUAGUGAUGAAGAUGAAAGCCAUGUAAACACCCCCACCAUGUCCUCCCAAGUGCUCCCCUACCGCGAGUCCGAGGAGCUAAACAUCGAGGAUACCAGCCGCUCCAGCAGCCCCAAGAACAUGAAGUACUACGAGGAGAAGACCACCCUCAGCACGAAGAAGAGCUUCUGUAUUGAUGCGCUGCUGUCCCCAGAGUCCAGUCUGCAGGAUAAGAUGACGCACCAGAAGUAUCUGGCGUUUAUUCAGAAUAAGAACUAUAUUACAAGGUACCAGGAUAACUACGACGCCCAAAUAGAACAGAACACGAUCAACAAGUUCCCCGAGAGCGGCUCAGGGCAGAGCAGCCCCCGCAGCGGCAGCCCAGGGUCUGAUGAUGGGAACCGGUCAGGGUCCUACAGCCCUCCGAUAUCACCAGGAGUUGAGGGUGGCCAUGAGGAAUAUGAGAGUUAUAGACCUGGAAUAGUCCCGAAGCCCGGGCUCCUGCCGCAGCCGCCCGUGAUGGCGCAGUCCCCCCUCUUCAACUACCAGAUGCCGGGCCCCCUGCCCUCAGCCUUCCACCACCCUGGGGACAGGGUGCUGCAUCACAUGCAGCUGGAGUGGCUCGCCAGGACCGGGAUGUUCUACCAUCGGAUACCAGAGCUUGGAGGCGCGCCCCACGCGCUGCUCGGCAAGACUCGGCGCCCGCGCACCGCCUUCACCUCGCAACAGUUACUGGAACUGGAGAAGCAAUUCCGAAUGAACAAGUAUCUAUCGCGGCCCAAGCGGUUCGAGGUCGCUACUAGCCUCAUGCUGACUGAGACACAGGUAAAAAUCUGGUUCCAAAACCGCCGUAUGAAGUGGAAACGCUCCAAAAAGGCUCAACACGACACGAAAAAAGACCACGUGAGCGACGACAAAAAAGCACCCAAUAAAGAACCUACCACAGAGCCGGAAAAACCUCAGCUGGCAGAGAUGACAGCUGUCAAACCGCCCGCCAUGUUAGACAGGGACAGAAUUAUCGCGCUGGAGAGAGAGAGGGCAAUAGCGGCGGCGAACUUUAAUUCGAAUUUAGACAACAGACGGGGAUUGGUGGCGAUGAAUCAAGAUGGCGGCCGGUCCGCUGAUAUGUUUAGGCCGUAUGUGGUAUGAAAUUAAAGGUAUUUUUGUUUGUUUUUCCGUUUUUAUUGUUGGUGGUAUUUAU